AUGAGCGCCUUGCUACUGAGUAACUGUGAGAAAACGUACACCCUUAAUACGGGUGAUAAGAUCCCCGCUGUUGGCUUGGGCACAUGGCAGAGCGGUCCUAACCAGGUCAGAGAGGCCGUCAAGAAUGCCCUUCUGAAGGGUUACCGCCAUAUCGACACUGCCCUCGCCUACGGCAACGAGGCUGAGGUCGGUCAGGGUAUCAAGGACUCUGGGGUCCCUCGCGAGGAGAUCUGGAUCACGACCAAGCUCAACAACACCUGGCACCACCGCGUCGCCGAGGGCAUUGACUCUUCUCUCAAGAGUCUUGGCGUGGACUACGUCGACCUUUACCUUGUUCACUGGCCUUGCGCGACCGACCCCAACGACACCUCGAAGCAUCUUCCCGACUGGGACUUCAUCAAGACCUGGCAAGAGAUGCAGAAGCUGCCCGCCACCGGCAAGGUCCGUAACAUCGGCGUUUCCAACUUCGGCAUCAAGAACCUGGAGAAGCUUCUGAACGACCCCAGCACCAAGAUCGUCCCCGCUGUCAACCAAAUUGAGUUGCACCCCAACAACCCCUCCCCCAAGUUGGUCGCCUACAACACCUCGAAGGGCAUUCACUCCACCGGUUACUCUUGCCUCGGCUCAACGAACUCUCCUCUCUACAAAGAUCAGACCCUGUUGGACCUUGCCGAGAAGAAGGGCAAGACCCCCCAGCAGGUCCUGCUGGUAUGGGGCUUGAACAAGGGCUGGAGUGUCAUUCCCAAGUCGGUCAGCAAGGAGCGCAUCGACGCCAACUUCGAGCUCGACGGCUGGGACCUGACUGAGGAGGAGGUCAACCAGCUGGACAACUUGAAGGAUCGCUUCAAGGUUUGCGGAGACAGCUGGCUCCCUGUCAAGGUGUUCUUCGGAGAUGACGAAUGA